AUGCCACUGAACAAGGACCUGGCAUUAGAACAACCACAAGAACCACCCAACGACCACCAAGAACCACCCAGAGACCAUCAAGAACCACCCAGAGACCAUCAAGAACCACCCAGAGACCACCAAGAACCACCCAGAGACCACCAAGAACCACCCAGAGACCAUCAAGAACCACCCAGAGACCAUCAAGAACCACCCAGAGACCAUCAAGAACCACCCAGAGACCACCAAGAACUACCCAGAGGCAUCAUGAACCACCCAGAGACCACCACGAACUAUCCAGUGACCAUCAAGUAUCAUCCCAGAGGCGUUAAGAACCAUCCCAGAGGGGUUAAGAACCACCCAGAGGCGUUAAGAACCACCCCAGAGGCGUUAAGCACCACCCAGAGGCGUUACGAACCACCCCAGAGGCGUUAG